ACAGAAAGUGUCAAUUGUAACUCUUUUUAUCCUCCUUCAUAAACAAUAGUUCCAAAGAAAAUGCCCACCGCUACUGAAAAGCCAAUCCCUAUUACUGUCUUCACAGGUUUUCUCGGCAGUGGCAAGACUACUCAAAUAUUAAGUCUUUUGCGUCGUAUACCCGAGGAAUACAAAGUUUGCUUGUUAAAAAAUGAAUUUGGUGAUAUUGCUGUCGAUAGUCAGCUAGCCAAGGAAACAAAUAUCGGUGUUAAAGAGAUGGUUAAUGGCUGCAUGUGCUGCGUUCUUGUUGGUCAAAUGAAGUUAGCUUUACAAGAAUUAAAAGAAAAAUUCAAUCCGGAUAGAAUUCUCAUUGAAACCAGUGGUUCUGCUUUUCCUGCUCCUAUUGCUUGGCAAAUCCGUGAAAUGGAACCUGAAGGAUUUGCUUUGGAUUCUAUCAUCACCGUUAUCGACUGCGAGAAUUUCAAAGGAUAUGAAGAUACCAGCUAUACUGCCAAAUUACAAGCGCAAUAUACUGAUGUCAUUCUGCUUAAUAAGCACGAGUUGGUCAACGAACAACAAUUAGACGAUGUCAUCGAUCAUAUCAACGUUCUGAACACAGAUACUCCCAAAGUAAAAUGUGAUAAGGACGGCGUUUCUCCAGAUUUAGUCUUCGGUCUUGACACACAACUUUUCAAGGUUGGCUAUAAUAAGAAUGAUAAACAUUUGGAAGAAUCCGUGUUUGAUCCCAAGCAUCAAGAGAAUGAAGUCGAUUUACUUCGAAUUUUGCAAUCUGUUGGUGAAAAUAACAACAGACCCUUGACGCUCGAACAAUUCGAAACCUUCUUAAAGUCAAUGCCCAAGGAGGAUAUAUAUCGUAUUAAGGGUUUUAUUCGUUUGGACAAUGGCAAAUUGUCGAUUGUUAACCAUGCUUUUGGACGUUGGACGUUGACACCUGUUGAAAAUGAAGAUACACUUGAUAAUACGAAGGAUGUUCAAGUUAAAAUCACAGUAAUGGGCUCAGGUUUGCGCAUGUACUCUGAGAAGGUCAAGGCCUUGUUGAACGGCGGUGAGGGUGAUGUCAAAUUCACUCCUACUCAUCGUCAUUAAACAUACAUAUUUCAUUUUAGCGAAACAAACAUCAACAUAGAAUUUGCAUAGAAUCUGUAUAGAGUCUGCAUAGAAUCUGCAUUCAUCAAAUAAAACUGCACUGCAUCCAUGCUUCACAUAGUCAAUCAACGUGAGAAAACA